AUGGCUUCAAAAUAUACUACGUGGAAUAUUGAUGACGAGGUGACGAUCCGUAUGGCAGAGACUGGCGCCGGUGCGCGCCCCGCUCUUACAGCCUCCCAAGCGUUUCAGAACACGUUGGCAAAGUACAGUUCAGCUGAUGCACUUAAUUAUAAACAGGACGGCGAAUGGAAAUCGUAUUCGUUUCAGACGUAUUAUGACAAGUGUUGUCAGUUUGCCAAGUCGUUGUUGCACGUCGGUCUUGAACGUCAUCAGGGCGUGAGCAUUAUUGGUUUUAACUCACCUGAAUGGGUCAUUGCCGACGUUGGUGCUAUCUUUGCUGGUGGUGUAGCUGCUGGCAUCUACACGACGAACAAUCCCAAAGCGUGUGAGUUUAUCGCGAAACACUCGGACUCUGGUGUCGUUGUUUGUGAUGGUGUGAUGCAACUGGAGAAGUUCUUGGCCAUUCAGGAGAAUUUGCCAAAGCUUAAGGCAAUUGUAAUGUGGAAUGACGUCGUGCCUGGGGGAAUCAAGUCAGCUAUACCUGUCUACACGUUUGAGGACUUUAUGGAGCUUGGUAAAGACGUGAAGGACGAAACCCUCAAGGAAGUCAUGGACUCCCAGAAGCCAGGCCACUGCUGCACACUUAUUUACACGUCGGGCACGACUGGCGACCCGAAAGCCGUUAUGAUCUCACACGACAAUGUUGUGUGGACUAUCCUAAGUGUGAUUGGCAUGGUUGAGCGCAAUUUUAAUCACAAGAUGGACAAUCGAAACCGCCUCGUCAGCUACCUGCCGAUGUCUCACGUUGCUGCCCAGUUGAUUGAUAUUUGGCUGCCCGUCUGUGGCGGUCUGCAGGUGUAUUUCGCACAACCUGACGCGCUAAAGGGCUCACUGGGUGCUACGCUGAAAGAAGUACGCCCGACGUUCUUCUUCGGUGUGCCUCGUGUGUGGGAAAAGAUUGCCGAAAAGAUGUGGUCGAUUGCGGCCCAGACGACGGGCAUGAAGAAGCGCCUGGUGGGAUGGGCGAAGGACAAGGCGACGCAAAAGAUGAUGCUUGCUCAGUACGGCAACUCGGGAGGUGCACCAUGUGGUUUUGGCAUCGCCAAUUCUAUUGUGCUCAUGCGUGUGAAGGAGGCGCUUGGCUUGGACCAAUGCGUUGCUAGCUUCAGUGGUGCUGCACCUAUCAGCCGCGAAAUCGUUGAGUACUUUGGUUCGUUAGACCUGCCUGUGUACGAGUUCUUUGGUCAGAGCGAAGCUAGCGGCCCGCAGACGUGCAGCAUGCAGGGCAAGUGGAAGAUUGGCACGUGCGGCAUUACCAUUGACGGCGCGGAGACCAAGGUGGCGCCAGGCACGGAUGAGUUAAUCUUCAGCGGUCGCAACAUCAUGAUGGGCUACCUUAAGGGUGAACAGCAGACGAAGGAAACAAUUGACGAGGACGGCUGGCUACACUCAGGCGACUGCGGAAAGAUCGACAAGGACGGUUUUAUGACGAUUACGGGUCGUAUCAAGGAGCUCAUUGUUACUGCUGGUGGUGAGAAUGUCCCGCCUGUUAUCAUUGAGGACACGAUCAAGGAGGAGCUACCGCUGCUGUCGAACGCGAUGGUAGUCGGCGACCGCCGCAAAUUCUUGGCUGCGGUGUUUACGCUACGUGUGACGGUAGACAAGGAAGGCAAUCCGACGGAUACGCUGGAUGAUAAGGCGCUUAGCAUUAUGAAGGAAAUUGGCAGCUCGGCUACGACGAUCUCGGACGCGCGUGCUGACGAGAAGGUAAAGGCGUACCUGGAUGCUGGCUUGAAGCGUGCCAACGCUCGCGCCACGUCGCGUGCGCAGAACGUGGGCAAGUAUGUUGUACUGGACCACGACUUUUCCAUUUCUGGCAACGAGCUGACGCCUACGCUGAAACUGAAGCGCAAGGUUGUGCACGAGAAGUACGAAUCGAUUAUUGAGGAUUUGUACGCGUAA